UCCAUUUUUCUCCAUCUCUAUCCUUCUCUCCCGCUCCCAACUCCAUAGCCAGAAACUCACAAACCUUGCUUCUCUUUCUACGCCUAAUCCCUCUUUCUCUCUCUUUCUCGUCGUAGGAACCUCCUUUUUCCCCUCUUGAGAUCACCAAUCUCUCCAAUUCUGUCUCUCGCCGAGUUCCAAUCUCUCUCUGCUGCAAUGGGGGUAGCAGAGCUAUCGUCUUCUUUGAAAACUGACCUGAGUUUAUCAUCCAAGGCUAUUUUUCAGUCGAAUCGUUUCUGUGAUCGCCGUCGCUGCUCUUUUCUGCAGCUCUCUCGAACUAGAAGUGCUCGAGUCACUUGCUCUAUUGCGCCGAAUGAGGUUGAAGCAGCUCCGGUUGCGGCUAAAACAGAGGAGCCAAAAAGUAAAAGCGAAUGCUAUGGUGUUUUCUGCCUCACUUAUGAUCUAAAAGCUGAAGAAGAGACAACGUCAUGGAAGAAAUUGAUUAAUGUUGCAGUGUCUGGUGCUGCUGGGAUGAUAUCCAAUCAUCUUCUCUUCAAACUUGCCUCCGGUGAAGUUUUUGGUCCUGAUCAACCGAUUGCAUUGAAAUUAUUGGGAUCUGAAAGGUCAUUCCAAGCACUUGAAGGUGUUGCUAUGGAAUUGGAGGACUCCCUUUUCCCUUUGUUGAGGGAGGUGGUAAUAAGCAUUGAUCCUUACGAAGUAUUCCAAGAUGCAGAAUGGGCUCUUUUGAUAGGAGCAAAGCCUCGAGGGCCGGGAAUGGAACGAGCCGGUUUAUUAGAUAUAAAUGGGCAGAUAUUUGCCGAGCAGGGGAAAGCUCUAAAUGCUGUUGCAUCCCCAAAUGUCAAAGUCAUAGUUGUGGGCAAUCCCUGUAAUACCAAUGCAUUAAUUUGUUUGAAAAACGCUCCAAAGAUUUCUGCAAAGAAUUUCCAUGCUUUAACUCGAUUAGAUGAGAAUCGAGCAAAAUGUCAGCUGGCCCUGAAGGCGGGUGUCUUCUAUGAUAAAGUCUCAAAUAUGACCAUUUGGGGCAACCACUCGACAACUCAGGUUCCGGACUUCUUGAAUGCAAGAAUUAAUGGCUUGCCCGUUAAAGAGGUUAUCAAGGACCACAGGUGGUUGGAGGAGGAAUUCACUGAAAAAGUACAGAAGAGGGGUGGUGUGCUGAUUGAGAAAUGGGGAAGGUCUUCAGCUGCUUCAACUUCAGUAUCAAUUGUUGAUGCCAUAAGGUCGUUAAUUACUCCCACUCCUGAAGGCGAUUGGUUUUCAUCUGGGGUAUAUUCCAAUGGGAACCCUUACGGCAUAGCAGAGGAUAUUGUUUUCAGCAUGCCAUGUAGAUCAAAGGGAGAUGGUGACUAUGAACUCGUGAAAGAUGUGAUAUUUGAUGACUAUCUCCGCAAGCGAAUUGAGAAGACUGAAGCUGAGUUGCUAGCUGAGAAGAGAUGUGUGGCUCACCUCACAGGAGAGGGUAUUGCUGUCUGUGAUCUACCUGAAGACACAAUGCUUCCGGGAGAAAUGUAAGGCUCAUCAGUCCCAUCUCUCUGAGCAUAAAUUUUUUUAUCUUUGAGCUGCUUUAUCCUACUUUCAUAUUUGGACUAAUCCACAUAUUUUAUAUGUGAUUAUUGCUUGUAAGUUGCUGGCAUGAUAAAAAUAUUAAGGUCAUCUCUAAGUUGGUCGGAAGUUCACGGAAGUUCAGGUUAAAUUACAAGUUUAGUUAUUCAACUUUUAGGGUUGUGUUUUAAUAAAUCCCUUAAUUUUAAUAAAUUAGCUGUCUCAUAGGUACUUUUUAACUUUUAUGUUGAUGUCUAAUAUGUUCUUAAUUUUCAUCUA